AUGCCUGUGUUAGUUACUGGAUGCACGGGCUUUAUCGCACAGUACAUUGUCCGUGAUUUAUUAGAACAAAACUACGAAGUCAUUGGGACGGUCAGAUCGAAGGAAAAAGGCGAUACCAUCGAAAGACUGUUCAAUAACGAUCCAUCUCUAACGCUCGAGGUAGUUGAAGAUAUUGCUGCGCCUGAUGCUUUCGACAACGUGUUUGAAAAGUACGGUUCGAAAAUCAAGGUGAUUCUUCACACGGCGUCGCCAUUCCAUUUCAACGCAACGGAUUAUGAGAAUGAAAUGCUAAAGCCUGCUUUACAUGGAACCCGUAGUGUCUUGGAGUCCAUUAAGAAAUAUGGUUCUAAAACAGUGGAACGUGUGGUUGUCACCUCCUCAAUUGCUGCAAUCAAGGACAUGGAAAAAGUCGCUAAUGCAGACUUCGUCUAUACGGAAGAAAGCUGGAACCCGAUAACGUGGGAAGAAAGCAAGCUUAACUCGCAGAAUGCUUAUCGCGGCUCGAAAAAGUUUGCCGAGAAGGCAGCCUGGGAUUUCUGGGAGGAAAACAAAAACAUUGUCAAAUUCGAGUUGACUACCGUGAACCCUUCGAUGAUUUUCGGCCCACAACUGUUCGACGAGAAUGCAAAAGGUGUGCUAAACACCUCUGCAGAAGUCAUAAAUUCGUUUCUAAAGUCGGGGCCAGAUGCAGACAUUAGCGCGCUGAAGAACGACUUUGUGGAUGUUAGAGACGUAUCAAAAGCCCAUUUGCUAGCCUUCCAAAAGACAGACACCGUUGGAAAGAGACUUGGUCUCUCUUCCGGUCAGUUUAAUGGUCAAGACUUGGCCCGUAUCUUGAACGAGCGCUUCCCGCAGCUGCAGGGAACUAUACCACAAGUCUCAGGGGAUGGAGCCAACAAAACUGAACCUUACGCUAAGUUUGAUAACUCCAACACCAAAGAAAUCCUUGGGUUCCCUUUCAGAGGCUUGGAGGAGACCUUAAGUGAUACCGUUGCCCAAAUUCUCAAGGCUCAAGGAGGAGUGUAG